AUGACCGUCUUGCAUACUCUCGACAUAACGGAGGCAACCAUCGGCCAGUUGCAACAUGCACUGUCCACAACAAGAUUGACAAGUGUUGACCUCGUGGCGCGCUUCCUACAUCGCAUUGGAAAAUACGACUGCCGGGGCCCUCUCCUCAACUCGAUCUGCGUCCUCAACCCCAAGGUCUUUGAAGAAGCUCAAGCAUCAGAUGCCUACCGAGCCUCGGGGCAGCCGCCGCGACCCCUCGAAGGCAUUCCUUUCACCAUCAAAGACAGCUUUCAAGCCAAGGGUCUCACAGUAGCCGCAGGCUCACCGGCUUUCGAACACCUCGUCUCGUCAUCUGACGCGGCCGUCGUGAACCUUCUCCGCGAGGCUGGCGCCGUGCUCAUUGGAAAGACUAAUAUGCCACCUAUGGCUGAUGGUGGCAGUCAAAGAGGCCUCUACGGCAGAUCUAUCAGCCCAUACAACCUGGAAUUCCUCUGCACUAGCUUCGCUUCCGGCUCAUCUUACGGAUCUGGCGUGGCUACCACGGCGUCGUUUGCUCCCAUCAGCUUUGGCAGCGAAACCGUCUCAUCAGGUCGAGCGCCAGCCUCGCACAAUGCUCUCGUUGCUUACUCCCCUUCAAGAGGGGUCAUACCUUCUCGAGGGCUCUGGCCGUUGUAUCCAACGUGUGACGUUGUCGUACCCUACACCAAGUCAGUGGCAGAUAUGCUCAAAGUUUUGGAUGUCAUUUUCGUCGGCGACAAGAACCCGAGAGGUGACUUUUGGCGGGAACAAACAACUGUUCCUGUCCCCCAGGUUCCAGACCUUCGCCCUCGUACCUACAGCAGUCUCAUGGACCCUGCCUCGUUGAGGGGCAGACGCAUCGCCGUUCCAAGGUGCUACAUCGGAAAGCAGACGUCGUCUGGCUACUCGGUAGUUUGCACGGAAGCCACACGUCAACUGUGGGAACAGGCUCGAACCGAUUUGGAAACGCUAGGAGCAACCAUAAUUGAGACGGACUUUCCCAUGGUCGAAAACUACUCCAAGCAGGAUUUCCCAGGACAGGCCGCCAACGUACCGGGAAUGCCAGACGCGUGGAUGGAUACCGAGCGAUGCCAAAUGAUUGCCACCGCAUGGGAUGAUUUUCUCAAGUACAACAACGACCCGGCCAUUUUGCGCCUAGAGACCGUGCAUAGCCGAAAGGUUAACCCCGGAUUUGCGCCAAUGGAUGACCCUGCAGAGUUCACCGAGCAACAAAAUCACGUGCGAUACGAGGAGAUGAUUGACUUUAUUCGCAAGCGGCCCGAAAAGAUCCAGGACUUGCCCGGAUGUGCCGAAGCGUUGGUAGCCUUGGAGGCCGCCCGCAAGAGAGACUUGGAGGCUUGGAUGGACGAGAACAAGUUCGACGUCCUCGUCUUCCCUACUAAUGGUGACGUCGGAAGGGCUGACUCCGAGGAGAAGCGCGAUUCAAUGCUGCAUACGCUGCAGGAUGGCGUGAAGUAUUCCAAUGGCAAUCGCGCGAUGAAGCACCUCGGUGUGCCAGCGGUGACGGUGCCAAUGGGGACUCUAUCUGACAAAAAGAUGCCCGUUGGCCUGACUUUUGCUGGAAAGGGCUGGAGUGAUAGUGAUCUUCUUCGAUAUGCGUAUGCGUAUGAGACUGCGACAAGACGCAGAGAAAGCCCCCCAGCCACGCCUCGGCUGCAAACCGACGUUGUGAAACUUUCCGGGGGAUCUUUGCGCGGAAGCGUCAGUCCGGACUUGAGGAUCGAAAUCCUCCACGUAGAGAAUGUUUCUGGAAUAGGUCUGGAGAUCCGAAAGAUUUCGAUCAGGGGUUCGGUUCGUGCGAGCGAUCCUGCUGUGGUUACCGCAAACAUCCAAGUAUAUGCCAAUGGCGAGCUGUCUUCCCCGGUUGAGAUCGACGAGGACAGGUGGGAUUGGCAAGCUGAGUUGGAGCGGGAACCUGUGAUAGAGAAAUACCCGACUCCUGGAAAGGUCCCAAGGGAUCAAAUCAUGUUGGUGAUUGUGGCUAGAACUUCGAAUGGGAGAUCGGCUGGACAGUUGGUCAUGGUUGAUUAA